AUGGAAUAUUUAGUGUGGCAAUGGACAUGCUUACAUGCAUGCUGCAACAUUGGAAUGUCUAAUGUGGUGUUGGUCCGCACACAUGUGGAGCUUUUUCACAGCGUGUUGUCUGUAGUAUAUACAGUAUAUCAGCGGCGGACACAGUCUUUCAGUUGCCAUGUAAGGAAAUACGUGGUUCUGAGUGUGAUUUAUCGCCCGGCCACUGCUGAUCUGAAGGCCUACAUGUGCUGUCCUUAUGUAUCUGUGACCAUGAAAAGACGUGAGUUAUUCACCACGAUACUCAUCUUUGCCAUCGUAAAUGUGUUUAUCCUGGGACGCAGAUUCAUCCAUUUCCGAGUGCAGGAGACGGUCACCAGCCAAGCCAACUCAUUCGCUGAAUGGCACCAGGACGUCCCGCGCAGCACUGGACUCGGCGCGAUGGACUUGCAACCGGAAAAUGACCCCCAGCUGAUCUCGUACAUCCGUCACGUGUUAAUGAAGCGUCCGUCGAGAGGGCCUUACGUCCUUGGGCAUCGGGGCAACCUCACUUUCCCCUUCCAAGAGGACCAGAAGCUGCAGGAAUAUUUGAAGAAGAUGGCCGGCGGUGUGUUCGUGGAAGCGUACGCCGGUGACGGAGAGAAAGAAACCUCCACCCUGUACCUCGAGCGGAACGAGAGUUGGAGCGGCCUGCUGGUGGAGCCGGACCCCGCCCUCUACGCUUCCUUGCUAGGGAAAGGGCGAAAAUCCUUCAGCGUCAAUUCCAACUUGUCUCUCUCCUUAACGAAUUUUACUUCACGGAG